AUGGGAGCCCCCCUAUAUCACUCUCUUUAUCAGUUGUUCUUCCUUUGUUCAUCUAAUAUGACCAUGGAAUCAAAGGGAUACAAGAAGGUAAAUUUGUUUGAGGUUCAGUCCCAAGAGUUGGACAACUCCUCAAACUCAAGUACAACGCAACUUAUCGAUGUUCCAGACGAAUACUCUAGACCAUCAAUUGAGAUAAACGGUAGUGUGUCGUAUUUACAAUCACUUGAGGAAUUACCACAGGGCCGUCAUUUGGGGCUAUUUUCGACUAUUGUAUUGUUUGUUAGUAGGAUUGUGGGAUCAGGAAUCUUUGCAACUCCAGCAAGUAUAUAUUCUGAUGUUGGCGGAUCCCCAUUUCUAUUUUUAACCGCAUGGUUAUUGGCUGCUGGGCUAGCCUUUAGUGGUUUAUAUGUGUAUCUUGAACUUGGGUCGUUGGUACCGCGAAGUGGUGGUACCAAAGUCUUCUUGGAGUUCAUUUAUACAAAGCCAUCAUAUCUAGCAAGUGUGGUUUUCUCAUUAUAUUCAGUCAUGUUUGGAUUCACCCUUCUGAAUGCUCUCGUAUUCGGAGAGUAUUUUUUACACUCUCUUGGAAUUAAACCAACGGAAUAUAAAAGUCGAAUUGUUGGCUUAGCAUUAAUUUACUUUACAGUUGUUGUUCAUGGUCUUAGUGUACACCAUGGGGUUAGAAUUCAAAAUUUCUUUGGUAUCUUAAAGCUUGCCUUGAUGGUAGUUAUGACAAUGACUGGGAUAUAUCUGGUAUGGUUUCCAGAGUCAAUAACACAUAUUCCAUCCAAUCUCGAUUUAGAAUCAUUCUUUAAAACAAAAUCAGCUGUAAGCUCAUCAACAUUCGCCAGUGCCAUUAUCAAGGCUAGUUUUUCAUUUGCUGGGUGGAAUUCGGUGCAUACAGUCUCCAGUGAAGUAAAUGAUCCAGUACGGACCUUCAAGAUUGCUGGUCCCGUUUCUUUGGGAUUGGUAACUGUUAGUUAUCUUUUCACAAAUUUAGCUUAUUUGGUGGUUAUUCCUAGUGACGAAAUUACAAACAGUGGUAAACUUAUUGGUUCACUCUUGUUUGAGAAAGUUUUGGGAUAUAGAAUAGGGAAGAAUUUCUUGUCAUUUGCAAUAGCUAUCUCAUCAGCUGGAAAUGUUUUGGUUGUUAUCUAUACAAUCUCAAGAAUUUCUCAAGAAGUUUUCAGGGAGGGGUUCCUUCCAUUUCUGGGAUUUAUGGCAUCCAACUGGCCGUUUGGAUCUCCACUCCCGACCUUGCUUCUAAGCGCGUCUUUAUCAACUUUUUUCCUCCUAGUUCCACCACCAGGAGACAUAUACAAUUAUAUAAUUGCUCUUGAAGGUUAUCCAGGCCAGAUUUUUACCGCCGCCGUGACAAUUGGAAUCUAUAUUGUGAGAAAAAGGUAUCCAGAUCUCAAAGCACCAAUUCGUUCAAGUCUUGUUGGGUCGUCAUUUGUGUUGAUAAUAUCAUUGUAUCUUUCAAUAUCACCUUUAGUUUCAAGUGUUAGCCCCAACCCCAAGGGUUUGGAAAACUGGCCCUCAUAUCCAAUUCUUGCGUUAGCAUGCCUUUUUGCGUGUGUUUUAUAUUGGGUAAUUAUGUUCAAGGCAAGUCCAUGGUUUUAUGGUUACAGAUUAGUUCCAGAAGAAGUCACUCAAGAUGAUGGAUUAGUUAUUAAGCAAUGGGUUAAGGUGUACGGGAAUUACACCGUUUAA